GUUGAGGUGAGCGACGAUGGAAGUGCUCUGGGAUGAAGAGAAGGAGGGGAAAUGUGCUUCCCUUUUGCUCAAUUCCACAAACUGGGGGAGAAUGGCGAGUGUGUCAACAUAAAAGCCCGGGGUUGGGCUCUUUCCCCAGGAAAUGAGGGAGCACCUCAAGCUUUGAACAGCUAAUUGAAGAAGCAAGCAUGAUCUGGAAUACUUUUCUCCAACUGGUCGUCCUUGUGCUAGGUAUCCUCCAACCAGUCUGGGGUUUCCCUUCUGUCGAAGUUGAACGCGAUGAGCCCCAGGCCUCAGACCGAUAUGUCUUUGCCCACUUCAUGGUCGGGAUCGUCGAGAACUACCAAGUCGAGGACUGGAUCGCCGACAUGCAAGCGGCGCAAGCGAUCGGCAUCGACGCCUUCGCGCUGAACUGCGCCAGCAUCGACAAGUACACCCCAACCCAACUGGCGCUGGCCUACCAGGCGGCGCAGCAGGUCGGCUUCAAGGUCUUCAUCUCCUUCGACUUCGCGUACUGGACGAACGGCGACACGGCCAAGAUCACCGCCUACAUGCAGCAGUACGCCAGCCACCCGGCGCAGAUGCAGUACCGGGGCGGGGCGGUGGUGAGCACCUUCGUGGGCGACAGCUUCAACUGGGGCCCCGUGAAGCAGGGCACCUCGCAUGCGAUCCACGCGCUCCCGAACCUGCAGGACCCGGCCGAGGCGUCCAGCAACCGGGCGCGGGCCGCGGACGGCGCGUUCUCGUGGUACGCCUGGCCCACCGACGGCGGCAAUAGCAUCAUCAGGGGUCCGAUGACGACGAUCUGGGAUGAUCGGUACGUCAAGGACCUGGCCGGGACGACUUAUAUGGCGCCCGUCUCGCCCUGGUUCGCCACCCACUUCAACAGCAAGAAUUGGGUCUUCAUCUGCGAGAACCUGCCGACCCUCCGGUGGGAGCAGAUGCUGAGUCUCCGGCCCAGUUUGGUCGAGAUCAUCUCGUGGAAUGACUACGGCGAAUCGCACUACAUCGGCCCCUACGCCGCCAACCACAGCGACGACGGGUCCUCCAAGUGGGCCAAGGGCAUGCCGCACGACGCCUGGCGGGACCUGUACCAGCCCUACAUCGCCGCGUACAAGUCCGGGGCCGCCACCCCGCGGGUCGAGAAGGACAGCCUGGUGUACUGGUACCGGCCCACGCCGAAGGGGGUCUCGUGCCCGGAGGACAACCUCGGACCGCCGAACGGGAUCUCCAUGCUUGGGGACAGUAUCUUCGUGGCGACCAUGCUGACCAGCCCGGCGACGCUGACGGUGACCAGUGGGUCGAAUGGCCCCGUGCGCAUCGAGGUGCCCGCGGGGAUCGUGACGUCGAACGUCUCGAUGGGGGUGGGCCCGCAGACGUUCACCGUCAGUCGCAAUGGGCAGACGAUUCUGAGUGGGCAGGGCGGGUUGGCGGUGCAGAGCCAGUGCAACAAGUAUUACAACUUCAACGUGUAUGUGGGGAAAGUUGCGGGGUUUUAAUUGUGUUGUUGGCUGUAUCUGUCCCUGGUCAUUGAGUCUAGGAGGCUAGGCUAGGAAUGCCGCUGCAAGGAUGCCGCGAUGGUCGGGUUUAAGUCUGACCUGCUCGAGAGUCGGGUUUCUUAGGAAAUCCUAGGGAUUUGGGGUUGGGGUUUGUGGAUGGUGGGAUUGAGCUUGAGUGUUGGCAUGGUUGGCGCGAAUUUAUAUAGUUUUGGGAUGGAAAUGAGGUUGUGGAGUUCUCCUGU